UGGAAUGUUGCUCUACCAAGCGGCAAAACUUCUUUGCUGUCAGAUUUCAAGUCUUAAAAGACUCCGUUUACAAGUAACUGUCAUGUGAAACGCAUCGCUCCGCACUUACUAUUUGUUCUUACUUACCGCGGUAAUUGUGCGUGUAGCCUUACGUCGCUGUAGUUUGAGACUACAUAAUAUUAGCUGCUUAAAGUUCGUCCUAGCUCAGGCAGAAUGAGUUUGAACGAGCACUCCCUCCAGGCUCUGUCGUGGAGAAAACUAUAUUUGAGUCGGGCCAAGUUGAAGGCAAGUAGCAGAACUUCUGCUUUGCUCUCGGGUUUUGCCAUGGUGGCCAUGGUGGAGGUGCAGCUGGAGCGGGACUACACCUAUCCUCCGGGCCUGCUGAUCGCCUUCAGCGCCUGCACCACGGUGCUGGUGGCCGUCCACCUGUUCGCCCUGAUGGUCAGCACCUGCAUCCUGCCCAACCUGGAGGCUGUCAGCAACGUGCACAACCUCAACUCGGUCAAGGAGUCGCCGCACGAGCGUAUGCACCGCCACAUUGAGCUGGCCUGGGCCUUCUCCACCGUCAUUGGCACCUUGCUCUUCCUGGCCGAGGUGGUGCUGCUCUGCUGGGUCAAGUUCCUGCCGCUGGGCACCCCGACGGAACACGCGGAACACACGGAAACCACAGGGGAGCCGGCGAAGGACGAGCCGGAGACGGGCACGGGCGUGGCGGCAGCCAUCACCUCCACCAUCAUCAUGGUGCCCUUCGGCCUGGUCUUCAUCGUCUUCGCCGUGCACUUCUACCGCUCGCUGGUCAGCCACAAGACGGACCGGCAGUUCCAGGAGCUGGAGGAGCUGUCCAACAUCACGCGCCUGCAGAACCAGCUCGACCACCGGGCGGAGGCUGGCACGCUGCCCCAGGGGGUGCACUUUGCCUGACGACGGACCGUCAUGCAGAACACCAACAAACGAACACCCCCCCCAUCCCAUUACGUCCUGCCAUACCCCGAAGGAACCCUGGAACCCUGCCCCGAGGGUCCCACUUCACCUGGCGGACUGUCAUGCUCAGCACGGUUUCAUAUUCUGGCCCUGGCGUUACUUUUUGUCACUUUGACUAGACGGCAUCACACGGUCUGAACCGUCAGUGAAGGCGUGUUGCCGCAAUGGGGCGUGGAUUUGAGUGCAGCGAAAGAUUUGGAUGCUAAGGUCAUACUCUCUUGCCGUCAAGUAUUGCCGUCUGGUCAACGAGUCGAAAAAUAAUGUGUCGGAAUGAUACUGCGCACUCGCGCAGAACACCAAACACCAUCCAUCCAUCCAUCCAUCCAUCCCCACCCCAUGCCAUGCCAUAUCAUGCCGUUCUCCCUGCCGCAGGGAGUCCACUUUGCCUGAAGGACCACCACAUACGUCCGAAACACCCACCUCACCCCAUGCCAACCCAUGCCAUAUCAUGCCAUCAGCCAUGCCUCAAGGAAGCUCAAGGAAGGUGCCUGAAGGACCACCAUGUACAUCCACAUCACAUCCAUCCCAUCUGGUCCAACUUCGCCUGAAGGACCAUCAUCCAUUCAAGACACCCAAUGCCUUCCCAGGCCAUGCCAUCCUUUUUUCAAAGUAUGUUUUGGGGGCUUUUGGGGCCUUUAUUGUGAGUGUGAGAGGAGACAGGAAAUGAGCAGGAGAGAGAUAUGGGGUAGGGCCGGACUCAAACCGCGGUGGCAUGCCAAGCCCAAAUGUGAUGGGCUUAGCGCGCUGUGUCACAGCGGCCCAUGCCGUCCUUUCCCAUCCCAUGUCCCAUCUAGCCCAGUCAUACACCACUAUAUGAUUUAUUUUACACAUGGACACAGACACCCAUGCACACAGUACAGUACAGUACAGACACGUACUGUAGACACGCAGACACAGUAGCCCUGAAUGUUCUGAAACAGCCACACUGUGUGUUUUUUUUUUUUAAAUGACCACUAAAUGGAAUACAGACGAUACCUGUAAAGAAACAGACUCCUUUGAUUUUAGCAGUUUGUUUUGUGGUUGUAGCCCUCCCCCAAGUGUAGACAAAUCCUCCUCCUUGGUAUCCCAGACUUACGUGUUGAUACUCAAAGAGCAGCUAUUUUUUUGCAAUAUAAGUUUUGGUGAAGUCCUACGGUAACGAACUGUAAAUGUUUAUACUUUUUUAUAUGCUGUAGUCAACAGCGCUGUACAGUCUGUACCCUAGUGCCUAUUCUAAGCAUUGUAAUGACUGAGGUCAUGGGCACAUAGCUUAACACACACACACACACACACACACACACACACACACACACACACACACACACACACACACACAGAUAACACACACACACACACACACACACACACACACACACACACACACACAUAACAGAUUUACACAUUGACCCUUCGGAAGUGCAUUGAUUUUUUUGUUUUGUUUAAACUGGUGUAUUUGAAUUUUAAAUUCGCCUCAACAUGACCUGCUGUGGCUACACAUUAACAUCUAGUGCUGCCUGCCCACUGCCCACUCACUUAAUGAGAGUUUCUGCCUCCAUGGUCUGUCUCUAGCCGACGUCAGUCAUUAUUAUUUCUCUUUUUUUUCAAAGCCGGGAGUGCCGUGGGUAAUUUUGCGAGUGCAGGGUCUGUGAUUGCGUCUAGUCUACAGCCAGGGGUGUCAAACAUAAGGCAGGGGAUGCAGCUUUUCAAAAAAAGAAGAAUAUAUUCUGUUGCCCAUUGCAAAGGUGCUGCAAGUGUCUGAGAUGUUAUGUUUUCAAUACUUUUGAAAAAUUUGCCAUUUUUUCCUUGCCAUUUACAGUCAAUGUUCCCGAUAAACACGCUGAUUUCCACACUGAGAUGAUUGACUAGCAAUGUGAUUCUGACAUGAAGCAGACAUUUGCGAUGUGUCGCAAAUUCAAUCACGAUACUGUACUGGUCUGACUCACUUGAGAUCAAAUUGGCUGUAUGUGGCCUCAGAACCGAAAUGAGUUUGACACCCCUGACUUACACUUUGUCUUUUUUGAAAGACUACCAUGAAGAUUCUCAGGAUCUUUAGUUCUCACACUGCCCACAUAGAUUUUAAAAUCGAAAAACUUUUUCUUUUUGAGAAAUGUAAAGACAGAGAAAUGUAACGA